GCAGAAGACGAUCAUGCGUAUGUGGAUGCUUUGCAAAAUCUGUGCGAAGCAUGGUGGGUUAUACUUCGGAACAGUGAAGAUAUCAAUGAUCUUGGCAAUUUUUCGAUUGAUUUUAAGCAAUCAACAGUGGGUUUUGUAACGGCAUUCGUGCGAACAAUUCCGGUUCGUGAGUGCGAUGAAAUGAAUGAUGAGGAUGAUCGGGAAGUGUUUGGUCAAAUAUUGGACAGUGUUGGGCGAUUCGCUUCCAAUUAUGUAUAUGAGACUUUGCCACUGAUUUUGCGGUAA